CCUGUACUUUCUCCCCUCUUUCAUCCCGAGUCCUCUCCUCUACGGUGGAUUCAUGCUCAGCUCUCGCCCUCCUCGGUCGCCAUGCAGAACAACCACCACAAGGAGCACCUGUAUAAGAUCCUUGUGAUAGGGGACCUCGGGGUCGGCAAGACCAGCAUCAUCAAGCGGUAUGUCCACCACAACUUCAGCCCCAACUACCGAGCUACCAUCGGCGUGGACUUCGCCCUCAAAGUCCUCAACUGGGACCAGGAGACGGUGCGCCUUCAGCUGUGGGACAUCGCAGGUCAGGAGAGGUUUGGCAACAUGACUCGUGUGUACUACCGUGAGGCCAUGGGUGCCUUCAUUGUGUUCGACGUCACCAGGCCCGCCUCCUUGGAGGCCGUGGCUAAAUGGAAGGAGGACUUGGAUUCCAAACUGACACUUGCCAAUGGGAAGAAUGUAGCCACUGUGCUUUUGGCUAAUAAAUGUGACCAGGGCCGGGACGUGCUCACGAAUAACGGAAUAAAGAUGGAGCAGUUCUGCCAGGAGAACGGCUUUGUGGGAUGGUACGAGACAUCUGCCAAGGAAAACAUCAACAUCGACGAAGCAGCGAACUGCCUGGUGAAACACAUCAUCGCCAGCGAGAAAGACCUGCUCCAAUCGGAAGUCCCCGACACCAUCACCCCGCAGUUAGAGAAUGAUAAAGGCGGGACAUGCUCGUCCUGCUUCAGAUCCCAGUAACAGCUCCUGACAACUGGAUGUCCUUUUGUAUCUCAUUUACACACCAAGUCGAGUUUGUCUGUGAGCAAGAGGCAGAGGAGGAACUGCUUCGGCUUUUCGUGAGAAAGGAGGAAAGUAGUGGUGCCAACGUGUCUCCACUCUGGUUGCCCAGGGUGUGUGUGUGUGUGGGGGGGGGGGGGGGGGGGUUGGUUUACAAAGAGGCAGCUGGUCUAAGAAUUGGAUGGAUUGAGUCAGAGGGAGAGACAGAAAAAGAGAGGGAUGCAGCUGUGUCCGCUUGUGAAAAGAAAAGACAAGGUCACGCUCUGGGCAACUUCAAUCCUUGACACUGCCUCUUUGGUUACCAUGGAGACACGUGCAACCUAACACAUGCACGGAAAGGUUUCGGUGUUCACGGUCCGUCUGUGAUGUGCAUGGUGUGAAUCUCCGUUUAUAAACCACGGUGGUCUCGUCCUUUUUUUUACUCCCUCCUCCCCCGCACGAGUGUCUCGAGUCAUUCAGACACAAACGUACGUUCAUUCCUCAGAUUCAUCUCCAGCACUUCAGCCUCGGCCCCGAUAACACCACAGCUCGCUCACAUUGUGUCUUCAAUGCAUCACAUUGCUACGAUUUAUUUUACAUGGUCAUUUUUAUGGCUCUAUCCUCUGGGGCCAGUCCUGUUUUUGUAAUGCACUGGUGCCUUCAGUAACGUAAUGUACAGCAGACUAUACUGAUGUAAUUAAAGUGCCUUAUCUGAUAACACCCGUUUUAUUUAAUGUCUCCAGCAGAUAUAUUCACUAAUUAUUUAAUUUAUAUGUGCACUUAUAAAGGUAUAUAUAUAUGAUGACUUUCAUCACUGAGGAAGAAUCAAACUAAUUAACAUGGUAAUCACUUGUAUAACAAACAUUAAAAACCUUUUUUUAUCAAUUUUAGUUAAAUUGUUUUAUAUCAAAUUUCUAUUUCUUUGUUUAAUAUAUGUAAUAUUUGUAAGU